AUGACUUCACUGCCGCAACACUCCAUUAAGCUUUCAAUCAAAUCGACUUCGUUCGGCCAUGAUGGCCGGGCCAUCAUCAGCCACCCUCUACGUUGUCCCACUGUGCGGCCCUGCCUGUGGCAGUUGAGUAACAUCCCUCAUGCUCUUUACUGCGAGUUCGUUAUGGUUGAGCAGCCUCCUGUGGACGCUUGA